AUGUCCAUGAAACUGGUCAUCAAAGAGGAAAUUGAUCAGUACGUACAGGCACGGCUCUGCUGGAAGUGGGCACGGCUGCUGCGGCCCACGGUUCAGUUCUUCCUGGUGGCCUUUGCGCUCUACGUGGGCUACACCCGAGUGUCCGACCACAAGCACCACUGGAGUGACGUUCUCGUCGGCCUCCUGCAGGGGGCGCUGGUUGCUGGUUUUACUGUCCGCUAUGUCUCAGACUUCUUCAAGCCCCGGCCUCCGCGGCCCUUCCAGGAAGAGGGGCCGGAGCGGAAGCCCAGCCUGUCCCUGACGCUGACCCUCGGCGAGGCCGAGCACAAUCACUAUGGGUACCCGGCCUCCUCCUGACCCGUGGCCCUGGUCCUGGCC